GAGCCGGUGUGGCACCGUGGCUCCUCCCUCCCCGCUGCCGCCGCUGAAUGUAAAGCAGCUCCGGCAGAAUAAAGGCAUUGCUGAACGACUGGCUCCGUAUCCGUGGUUCUGCUUCCUGCUGGUGUGAAACGGCUCCGGACUUUGAACGUUCAUCUGAGUCAGACUUUAAAAUGUCAGCUGCCGGGCAGGAAGCCAGCAGGUGAAGAGGAGCGGUCAGAAAGAGGAAGAGGAACAGCUCCUCUUCUUCUUCCACUUGUUGCUGAGUGAAGGCUCGUAUUUCCAGAAGCAGAAAGUCUCACUUUCACUUCAUGGCUCGGUUUCCCAUCGCUCCCAUCGCGCUGCUGCUGUUCGGACUGGUCGGCAUCCUGCUGCUCACCAUUCCCUCCCAGGACGUCCAGGACGCGCCGGGGUUCAUGAAAUGUGUUAUGAGACACAUUAACUGUGAAAACAUUGAUCUCCWCCACCUUCUCCCCGAGCCAAACCAAAAACAACUAGUCAGAGCCAGAGGGCGGGGCUUCGUGCUGCCAAUCAAACUCAUGUACUCCUUGCUAAACAUACUAAUGUUGGGGAAACAACUAAGCUUUACAAAACCAUUAUCUGUUGUCAUCAGUGGCUAUGCUUACUGGCUGAGAAAUACCAUAAUCAUCUUGAGAAAACAUGUAACUUUCAACUGUGGGGGGAUUUCUAGCUACGCCGGCCAGGUCGGAGCGGCGGGCCGAAGCCUGCGGGCGUGUCUGAACCRGGCCGUUGAGGAGAUUCCCAAGGAGAAACACUCCAACACACCUGUGUAYCUGGGAGCCACGGCCGGCAUGAGGCUGUUGAACAUGUCCAGCCCACAGCAGUCGGAUCAGAUUCUGGCCGAAGUGGCCGGCGAGAUCCAGUCGUUUCCUUUCAGCUACAGAGAAGCGGUGAUCCUGAGCGGCCAGCAGGAGGGCGCCUACGGCUGGGUCACCGUCAACUACCUGCAGGGGAACUUCAUCAAGUACGGGUUUGUCGGCCGCUGGUUGAGCUCCGGCAGAGCGACGGUGGGAGCGCUGGACUUCGGCGGCGCGUCGACGCAGAUCACGUUCGUUACUCAGGAGAAGGUGGAGGACAAAAGAAACGGGGAGGAGCUGCGUCUCUACGGCCAAGAUUACUCACUGUACACUCACAGCUUCCUGUGCUACGGCCAGAAUCAGCUCCUAAAGAGACUGCUGGCUCAAAUCGUGAAGGCAAGACGAAGUUUCUGCUCAAUACUGCAGAUGGCAUCUGUGGAAGAAGAGCCGCAUCGUCUGGGGAAUUACUGCGCUUCCUCUGUGCUCCUCAAAGCUCUGCUGCUGAGAGGAUACGGCUUUGACAACGCGACGUUCCCUGACAUUUCCUUUCAGAAUACGGUGGGCGACACGUUGGUGGGCUGGGCUCUGGGCUACAUGCUGGUCCUGAGCAAUUUGCUGCCUGCAGAAAGCGCCGGGGUGAGGAAGACUCUCACCGUCGGAGCGUGGGGAAUGCUYCUCUUCCUCUUCAUCGCCCUCCUCAUCAUCUGUGUCUUUCUGCUGCUUCGAGCGCGAAGCAAGAGGAAGAAAGGAGGCGAUGAAAACGUCAUCUAGCUGYAACAUCAUGCCUCCAGAGCUGUGAAGAAAMGAAACAAUCAGGACUUUUGGUUUUUGUUGUUAUUGCUUCUUCCAGCAAUUUCAGUGUAAAUCUGCUUCCCCCAUCAUCUGCAGCCUGGCAUUUGUUUGAGCUGUUUGUUUUUUUUUAAUUAGAUUCAUAAUACAACAUUAUCUUUCAGUGACACCAGACGGCCAAUAAGUUUGAAUUUAAUAUGGCUGCUUGGUCUUGUUUGUAAAGUUACACUGUCAAAAAUGAACAGCAAUAAUUUGGGUUAUUUAGUCUGUCAUAAAUGAAAAAAA